UCGAACUUCUCAGCUGAAAUCAUGAAGAAACAAGGCUCAGAUGGCAAUCCUGCGCCAGUUAUGCCAGCGCUGCCAGAACCAUUAAAAGAUCUGAAAAUUAAGUACACCAAGAUAUUUAUAAACAAUGAAUGGCAUGAUUCAGUCAGUGGUAAAAAAUUUGCAGUCUUUAACCCUGCAACCGAAGAGAAAAUCUGUGAGGUUGAAGAAGGUGACAAGGCGGACGUAGACAAGGCAGUUAAAGCAGCUAGAAAGGCUUUUGAGCUCGGAUCAACCUGGCGUACAAUGGAUGCUUCAGAGCGAGGAAGACUCUUGAAUAAACUAGCUGACUUGGUCGAAAGAGAUCGUCUGAUUUUAGCUACAAUGGAAACCAUUGAUGGUGGGAAGCUCUUUUCCACAGCCUAUCUAAUGGAUUUGGGUGCCUGUAUCAAAACUUUACGCUACUGUGCAGGCUGGGCUGAUAAAAUCCAUGGGCGUACUGUUCCAAUGGAUGGAAACUUUUUUACAUUUACUAGACAUGAGCCUAUUGGGGUGUGUGGCCAAAUUAUUCCUUGGAACUUCCCAUUGGUUAUGUUCAUCUGGAAGAUUGCCCCUGCCCUUUGUUGUGGAAACACCGUGGUUGUCAAACCAGCAGAACAAACUCCACUCAGUGCCCUUUACAUGGGAUCCUUAAUUAAAGAGGCAGGAUUUCCACCUGGAGUAGUGAAUAUUGUGCCAGGCUUUGGACCCACCGCUGGAGCAGCAAUUUCUCACCACAUGGAUAUAGAUAAAGUAGCUUUCACCGGCUCUACAGAGGUUGGCAAACUGAUAAAAGAAGCCGCAGGGAAGAGCAAUCUGAAGAGAGUUACCCUGGAACUUGGAGGAAAAAGUCCUAACAUUAUAUUUGCAGAUGCAGAUUUGGAUGCUGCUGUGGAAUUUGCCCAUAUUGGUCUGUUCUAUCACCAGGGACAAUGUUGUAUAGCAGGAUCUAGGAUUUUUGUGGAAGAGCCUAUUUAUGAUGAGUUUGUUCGCCGGAGCAUUGAAAGAGCAAAGAAGUAUACUCUUGGGGAUCCUUUGAAACCUGGUGUACAGCAAGGCCCUCAAAUUGAUAAGGAGCAGUAUAAAAAAAUCCUGGAGCUAAUUGAGAGUGGGAAGAAAGAAGGAGCCAAACUGGAAUGUGGAGGAGGUCCGUGGGGAGACAAGGGUUACUUCAUCCAGCCCACAGUUUUUUCUAAUGUUACAGAUGACAUGCGCAUCGCCAAAGAAGAGAUAUUUGGACCUGUUCAACAAAUCAUGAAGUUUAAAACCAUAGAUGAAGUUAUAAAGAGGGCAAAUAAUACCACCUAUGGCUUAGCAGCAGCAGUUUUUACCAAAGACAUUGACAAAGCAUUGACAUUUGCAGCUGCCCUUCAGGCUGGAACAGUAUGGGUUAAUUGCUAUAGCGCAUUGUCUGCUCAAUGUCCCUUUGGAGGUUUUAAGAUGUCAGGAAAUGGACGAGAAAUGGGAGAAUAUGGACUUCAUGAAUACACAGAAGUUAAGACUGUCACCAUCAAAAUUCCUCAAAAGAACUCGUAA